AGAUUGGAUUUUUCAGGAAUCGAGUUUCCAAUAACGAAUAAAGGGAUUAUCCAUUUCGAGAAAAAUAAUAAAGACUUCAGUAUAAAUGUUUAUGAGAUCGACGCUGAUGGUGAUAAAAUUAUCGGCCCAACGUUUAGAACCAAAUGUAUUCAAACCAACCACAUCAAUAUAUUGGGAAUAAAUAACGUAAACCAAGACCGUAUGCAUUACGCUUACAUUACAAGUGUAAAAAGAUUAUGCUACUCACAGCAUUCCAAGCCCAAAUCAGAAAGAUAUUUUUGUGAUAACUGUCUACAGUUUUUCACAGUUAAUAAUACUACCCACAACAAACUUGAAUGCGGAAAAGUGGCCUCAUUUUACCCUGAACCAAACACUACAACUUUAUUCAAGGGCUUUCAUAAAAAAUUAUCUCCUCCGGUGGUGGUAUAUGCCGAUAUUGAGGAUGUUCUUGAAAACUAUGGAACAUGCCUAAAUUCGUCUUCAACAACAAAAGUGCAGAAGCAUACUGCCUGUGCCGUAUCAUUUUAUAUAACACAUAAAUAUUAUCCGGAUCUUAACGAAUUGUGGACAUAUGAAGGCGCUGACUGCAUACAAAAAUUCUGCAAAUCACUAAAGGAAAAAAUACGAGCUUGUUUUACAUGUACUGGUCGACCUCCAAAAACCCGAUUGCUAGCGCAAUCCAUGAACAGGAAGGAAAUUGCUGUGCCUGUGAAAAGGAAAUAAACGCUGACGACCUGGACAAAUAUUUUGAUCAAUUUUCUGGAAAAUACAUGGGUCCCAUUCAUAAAAAUUGUAAGCCAAAGUACAAAUUAAGUGAUCCCUUCUUUCCUGUAGUAUUUCAUAACUUAUCUAAAUAUGACAUACAUUUAUUCGUUACUGAAUUAGAAGGAGACUUAAGCCCUAUACCCUGUAAUAAAGAGCUUUAUAUAGCGCUAACGCAGACAAUUAAAAUAAAUGCAUCAAAUAGAUAUAAAAUAAGAUAUAUCGAUUCGAUUAGAUUUUUAAAUUCUAGUUUAG